UGCAGCAUGGAGGAAGUUUCAGUCGGCGCUUGCACGAUAGGCAGCACUGACUCGACAGUGACUUAACAGCGCCUAAGUCUGGAGGGAGCUUCUUAUACCUGGUCCGCGUUCCCCUCUCCUACUGUUGUCCCUAAAGUUUCAUUUCUCAGUCACUCCUUACCGCGGUCUUUUUGGUACCCUUUUUCAAUUUCUUCUCUUCUCCCUCUGGCUCGUUCUUUGCAAGGUUGUGGCUGGACCAUAACCAACGCUUUCUCGUUCUUCUCCAAGCACCAACACGAAGCGAUCUCAUACCCACACAUCGCCUGACAUGGGGAACAGUAUGUGGUACGCCUUCUUGAACGACGAGCUCUGCUAUGUGUCUCUCUGGGUCUUCGCGUGCUUGAUCGCAGUCAUCUUCCUCUGGCAGACCACCCUUCAGCUCGCUGCUCAUCUCCGUCGACUGGCCACCUUCACCGACCCCCUGCAGCAUUUCCACCGCGUCCCCGACUGGCGACUGUCAUGGGUCAAGCGCCAUCUCCUCUACGCCCCCCUCUGGCGCAACCGACACAAUCGCGAAAUGCGACUCUCGCGAGCCAUCAACAUGGGCACCUUGCCCAGUCGGUUUCACGCCCUGUUGCUCGCCUUCCUCGUGACUAUGAACGUGGUUCUCUGCACCGUCACAAUCCCCUUCGGAUCGAAGGAAUCAACGGUGGCCGAACUGAUUCGGAAUCGGACGGGCUACAUGGCGACGGUGAAUCUGUUUCCUCUCCUGGUGAUGGCGGGACGUAACAAUCCGCUAAUCCCACUGCUGCGCGUGCCGUUCGACACGUGGAAUCUCCUGCAUCGGUGGCUGGGACGCAUCGUGUUGCUGGAGGCCGUGGCGCAUGUGGUUGCGUGGGGAGUGCCUAAGGUGCAGAUGUAUGGCUGGAAGGUGAUGCUAGCCACCCUUAGCAAACCGUUCAUGUUCAACGGCCUGAUGUGUAUGGUCGCGAUGCUCGCCAUUCUCAUUCAAUCCCCCUCGCCCAUCCGACACGCCUUCUACGAAACAUUCCUGCACCUCCAUAUUGCGCUCGCAUGUAUCGCCUUGGGGUUCGUGUGGCAUCACGUCUACCGCUACUCCUGCAAGUUCUAUCUCUACGCAGGUGUCGCCUUCUGGGCAUUCGAGCGUCUGACCCGCUUGCUCGUCCUCCUCCAUCGCAACUUUCGUCCCGGGGCGCGCACCACAGCGUACAUUGAGCCCCUCCCUGGCGACACGCUGCGGAUCACCCUCCAAGUGGCGCGACCGUGGCGUUUCGCCCCGGGCCAGCACCUAUUCCUCUGCAUCCCAUCCGUCGGGGGCUGGACAUCGCAUCCAUUCUCCGUCGCCUGGGCCGGAGACACCGCACCGGAGCACGAGAAGUGCCUUAAGAACACCCUCGACCUACCCCCUUCCUCGGCCCCGGCCGCGAUCGCCCUCCUGGUGCGCCGCCGCACGGGCUUCACCGACAACCUCUUCAAGAGGGUUGUCGCGCAUCAGCAUGCGCUGCGCAGCCCGAUGGCCUACCACGACGACCCCGUCAGCCUCCCCGCGCUGCAAUCGCCGACCGGGCCGCCCCUGCGUCUACCCGCCCUCAUCGAAGGCCCUUACACCUCCCAUCACACGCUCACCUCCUACGGCACCAUCCUCCUCGUCGCCGGCGGCGUCGGCAUCACCCACUGCCUCCCAUUCCUUCCCGAUCUCCUCCGCGGGUACGCGGCCGGGACGGUGGCCGCGCGCCGCAUCACGCUGGUCUGGAUUGUGCAGUCGCCCGAGCAUCUGGAGUGGAUCCGGCCCUGGAUGACGGAGGUGUUGGCCAUGGAGGGGCGGCGGACGGUGCUCCGGGUGAAGCUGUUCGUGACGCGGCCACGGAAUCCCCGCGAAAUUCAGAGUCCCAGUGCGACGGUGGAGAUGUUUGCGGGGAGGCCGGACGUGUCGAUGCUCGUCCGCAUGGAGGCGGCGGCGCAGGUCGGGGCGAUGGGGGUGGUGUGUUGUGGAAGUGGAGGGCUGAGCGAUGAGGUGAGGAAGGCGUGCCGGUCGGUGGUCGGGGGGACGGUGGUGGAUUAUUUCGAGGAGGGAUUUAGUUGGUGAGAGAUGAAUGGUGGUGAGUGAGUUGGUGAUGGGUGGGUGUUGGAAGGACGAAAUGCCGA